AUGAUAGUUGGUAUUGCGCCAUGCAAACUUGCUGCGAAUAAAAUAAUAAAAAGAAGUUACUCUAUACUUCUUGACAAAUUUAUAAAUUCUAAGGAAAUCAUUUAUCGAAAAAAUGUUGAUAUUUUUUGUAAAAAUAAUAUAUUUUUUUACACAAUCUUAAACGUAGACGAAUAUAAAAAUUUUUUACCCUAUGUAACUGACAGUGAAAUAACUUAUAAAUGUGAAGAAUAUUUUAAUGCUGUUUUACAAAUCGAAAAUAUUAUUUUUAAGGAAAGAUAUAAAUCAAUAAUUAAGUAUAAAUAUCCUACAACAAUAACGGUUUCGAGCCAUGAUACUAACUUAUUUCAUCAUUUGAUAACUGAGUGGGAUAUUAAGGAUAAACAAAAUUACCUAAAUGUUAAUUUUUAUAUAAAUUUUAGGCUAAAAAAUAAAUUAUACCAAAAUUUUAUGAACCUGUACAUAAACGAAUUAGGAAGGAAUAUAUUGUAUGCUUUUAUUAAGGAAGCAAAAUCUAAUAGUUUGAAAAAUGUAGAUUCUUUUCUCGACAACUUCAAAAUAAAAUAA